AUGGCUCAGGAUCUUUUACAUUCAACGAGAAAACGCACUAGACAAAUGAAUACUACCACUAUCACAACAAACAAUCAGGACAGUAUUAUUUCAGAUAUGCUACAUAGACAGCAGUCAUUAUUACAGAAUAAUCUGCUAGUGGAUGAUGAUACAGAUUAUGGUAACGACAACAAUGUUGAUGAUGACGACGACGACGACGAUGUCAUCUUUAUAAAAGAACAACCCGUAAAUUACCAGUACAAGAAACAGAGAACAAUAUCUCUACCACAAUUACCUCACGUUAAGUUACUCUAUAAUGAAACAAUAAACAUGAUACCAAGAACUCAAAAUGAUGAUGAAUUAUUACAUUUAACGGGAUCUUCAACAAUGACUUUAGACGGUAAUAAAACGGUUAAUCUCAAUGUCAUCAACGACGAAGAUACGCAUAGUACGAUCACAAAACAUCACUACGCAAAUCCUCUUAUAGCACCGUUCAAGAGGCAUAAGAAUAUUGACACUACUGGUAAUGCCCUUACCGUUGUAGAUUUUUUCAAAACCGAUAAAGAUGGUCAUUACGUUUAUCAGAAAGAUGACAUAUUUGGUUCAAAUGGUAGAUUCCAUGCUUUGGACCUGUUGGGACAAGGAACUUUUGGUAAAGUACUCAAAUGUUAUGAUGAUAUGCAAGAUAAAUUUGUAGCUGUAAAAAUUAUAAGGUCCGUUGAUCGUUAUAGAGAAGCUGCAAAAACAGAAUUACGUAUAUUAAAUUGUAUCUUGACAAAUGAUCCAAUGGGUAAUUUCCAAUGUUUAUUACUAUCAGAUUAUUUCGAUUAUAAGAAUCAUAUCUGCCUGGUAACAAAUCUUUAUGGGAAGUCAAUAUACGAUUUCAUGUGUGCAAAUGGUAUUGCUAGAUUCCCAGGUUCUCACAUUCAAGCCAUUGCAAGACAGUUAAUUAGAUCUGUCUGUUUCUUACAUGAUCUCGGAAUUAUUCAUACUGAUUUAAAGCCUGAAAAUAUCCUAUUAGUAGACGAAAAUUAUAUCGAUUUCAAUUUACCGGAGGAUAUCGUUAAUACUUUAAGUACAAGACGUCGUAAUGCAAGUGAUGGUGGUAAGCGUAAAAUUUUGAAAAAUCCAGAAAUUAAAAUAAUAGAUUUUGGUUCUGCAAUAUUUCAUGACGAAUAUCAUCCACCUAUCGUAUCAACUCGUCAUUAUAGAGCACCAGAAAUCGUAUUGGGCCUAAGUUGGUCUUUCCCUUGCGAUAUCUGGUCAAUUGCAUGUGUCCUUGUAGAACUAACUACUGGUGAGUCACUAUAUCCAAUACACGAAAAUUUCGAACAUUUAGCAAUGAUGCAAAGAAUUAAUGGUGAACCAAUACCACCAAAAAUUAUCGAAACAAUGCUUUAUAAAGUUAAACACAAAUUGGGCAAUUUGCCAUCAGAUUUAAAUACUACUGUCGUGAAACAUUUCAAUAAAAAGAAUUUACAAUUAAUUUGGCCAGAAAGAAACAGAAGAAAUGAAAUUAUAACAAAUGAAAAAUCAAUUCGUAGAGUAAUCGAAUCAAGUGAAAGGCUAGAUUUAUUAAUUUCGAAAAUUUUGAAAAUUGAUUAUAAUAAUCCAAAAUUUCAAAUCAAUUGGAAUCUAUCAAUUGAUAAAAAUUGGGCUCUAUUAUCAAACUCAAUGAUGGAUAAUGGCAUAGAUAAAGAAACUUUUAAUUUUUGGUAUUGGUUCGUCGAUCUACUAAGAAAAAUGUUCGAAUUCGAUCCAACGAAAAGAAUCACCGCAAAGGAAGCUUUAGAACACGAAUGGUUCGACUGUGGUAUAUUAGAUGAAGGCAUCUCAAAUUAUGGAAAUUCAUAA